AUGCUAUCCACGUCCGGAACCAUGAGCGAGAACUAUGGACCUGAUCAAUGCGGUUCGGAGAAUAUAGUAUCCAAUGCACAAGAUCUAGAAACUCCCCCACACGGACCUCAGUCCGAUGAACCUGAGACUUCUGGACCUCGCAGUAAUUGGAAGAUCUUUGCAACUAUGCUUGCCCUUUCGCUUGCGCUCUUUAUUUCCGCACUUGAUCAGACCAUUGUAGCUACUGCCACACCAACGAUCUCGUCCGAUCUGCAUUCAGCAUCCGGUUAUGUAUGGAUUGGAGGUGCCUAUCUCCUCGCCAAUGCCGCCAGUUCCAACAUCUGGGCCAAUCUGUCCGAUAUCUGGGGGCGAAAGCCUAUCCUCCUCACAGCCGUUGCCCUAUUCUUUGUAGCAUCAAUCAUCUGCGCCAAAGCCAAUGGUAUGCCCAUGCUGAUUACCGGCCGUGGCAUACAAGGUAUAGCUGGUGGUGGUCUCAUCCAGCUGAUCACAAUCACCAUUUCUGACUUGUUCAGCGUCAGACUCCGCAGUCUAUUCCUCGGAUUGAUCGAGUUCAUCUGGGCCAUCGCUGGUGCCUUGGGGCCGAUCGUGGGUGGGGCUUUCACCCAAUCUGUUUCAUGGAGGUGGAUUUUUUGGAUCAAUCUUCCCGUCUGUGGAACGGCCUUUGUGCUGCUCUAUGUGUUCCUGGAUAUACACAAUCCAAGGACCCCCGUCCUGGCCGGUAUCAAGGCCGUGGAUUGGUGGGGGAGCUUCUCUAUGCUCGCACUCAUCAUCCUACUUCUACUAGGUUUAGACUUUGGCGGCGCCACAUUCCCCUGGGGCUCCCCCAAGGUAAUCUGCCUGAUCGUCUUCGGCUGUCUGAUGUCGUUCGCCUUCAUCUACAGUGAGAAGAAACUAGCCAAAUACCCCCUCAUGCCACUCGGGGUAUUCAGGAACCGGUCCAACGUCGCUUGCUUCCUAGUCGACUUCACACAUGGCUUUGCCUACCUCGGAGCAGAAUACUACCUCCCACUCUACUUCCAAUCCGCCAAAGAAUCCACCCCAUUCCGCUCCGGCGUCCUAAUCCUCCCCUUCGUCCUAACCGAAGCAGCAUUCAGUCUCUUCUCCGGCCUCCUCAUCCACCGCACAGGCCGCUACCUCGAAAUCAUCUGGGCCGGCACCGCCCUCGUAGUUCUCGGAGUAGGCCUCUUCACCAACUACAGCGCCACCUCCUCCCUCGGGAAAAUCGUCGGGUACCAAAUCACCGCAGGCAUGGGCUGCGGAAUGCUCUUUUUCCCGCCUCUCCUCGCCCUCCAAAGCAACAUCACCCAGGCCAACACCGCCAGCGCAACCGCCACCUUCGGCUUCAUCCGCAACGUCGCAAUGGCCAUGUCCGUAGUGCUCGGGGGUGUGGUGUUCCAGAACAGCAUGGACAUGCGACAAGACGGUCUCAAGGCUGCGGGGCUGUCCUCGUCGCUAUUGGCUGAGUUCUCUGGCACCGAGGCGGCAGCUAAUGUUGAUGCCGUCCGCGCGGUCCAGGAUCCGACUCAGAGACACGCUGUGGCGGAUGCAUAUGCGUGGAGUCUUCGUAAUAUGUGGAUUAUGUAUGCUUGUCUCGCUGCUUGUGGUUUCGUUGCUAGUGUGUUUAUCACUCGUCAGCAUCUUAGCGAGGAGCAUGUGGAGACGAAGACCGGGUUGAAGGAGAAGCAGCCCGUGUUGGAGCAGUAG